AUGGUCCUUCAAAAGUCAGAUGGACGUACCUCAGAGGAGAGCUGUAGCCCUACCCAACCAUUCAUUGAACAACAGGUCCCUUUGGAAGCGACAUCCCUCGCGCCUCCGAGGCACAGACUCACCUGGAUAAUUCACAUUGCGGCCUUCUCUAUCUCCCUUUCGCUGGUGUUGAUUGCAUUUACCAAGGAGCCAAGCGCCCUGCAAUGUACCCGCCAACUGUCACCAUACUCUCCUCUUAUUGAGGACGGGCUUAUCAAAUAUGAUUCCAAAGAUUUUGAAAACGAAUUCGAAAAGCCUUCGAACUAUCGGGGACAACCCAGCAAUCUUACCGAAGCAUCAUGGAAAGCGCUCUGGGAAACUCCUGCAAUCGGGGUACCAAGAGACAAACUAGAAUUACUCAAUAAAUCCGGUCCGGGAAGUUUGUUCCCCGCCCCUCCUGCGUCUGAUGAUAGCGCCGGGGAUACAUUCGCUGCCUUAGUUGAGGUCUUCCACCAGUUACAUUGCAUAAAUACGCUCCGCUUGGAAGUCCAUAAGAACAGCUACUACGACCAUUUUGGUCAAUGGCCAGAUGGAAGUGGCCCUGGGAAUGAAGCAGUAAAGAAGACCCAUAUAGAUCACUGCAUUGAGCUCCUACGCAUUACCCUUAUGUGCACCUCGGACGUGACACCCUUAAUGUUCAUAGAUGACCCCCAUGCCUUUCAGGGACGCACCCCUGAUUUCAAUACCAUGCAUAUGUGUCGGAACUUCUGGGAGAUCCGCGAAUGGGUUGAGAACAUGGGCUUACCUCCAUUAUCCUGA